CAGGUGGCGGGGGCGGGGCGCCGGGGAGACCCCGCCUCCCGCGCCCUCUCAGCAGCCCGCACAGGGCGCACCCGGACGCUCUACCGCUCCCGCCGCAGUCGCCGGGCCAUGGGCCUCGGGCCCGCCCCGAACCCCCGCGAGCCCGCCUUGUCUGCGGCGUGACGGGAGGCCCAGUCUGGAGACGCCUGGAGGCCCGGCCAGCCUUCCCUUCCCCAACCGCUGUCUUUGUCCCGGAGACCGCCAGUGUCCUCCGUCCCACCCGGAACAGCCUAUUGCCCCGCCCGCUUGGGAAGCACUCGCGCCCAAAUCCCGCCGACCAACUUCUGGGGCCGCCUCUCUGUCCACUCCGAUCACCUCCACGCCUCGGCAUCACCCCCUCGCAGGGUUCUAGCAAGUGACCUCACCCUUGUGUGCACACGCUCCCGGGUCUCUGCUCCCUACACUGACUCCGGCACCAAAGUGACCCUCCCUCAUCUCUUCGCGCAGCUCACACCCCUUUGUCUUGCCCUAACCCUCCUCUCCCCACAACCCAAACCGGGUCACACGUUGGCGGCAGGUGGGCUGGGAUUCGACCAUAGGUGGGUUUUGUUUCACUUCUUCUGGUUCAAAAACCUAUUGACUUGGGUGAUGUCUUGCACACAGGUCUUAUUAGUAGGUAAGAAACAGCUGCUCCUCCACCCCCACCCUAGCCCCAUGGAGCUUGCUUUUUCCAGGCCACCGUGGUCGUCACCACUGCCACUUUGCUCUGAGGCAUCUGAAUUCGAGACCCUUGUCCUUCCUGCGCUGACCCUCCUCUGCAGCUGCCGCCCCUCCCUGUGUCUUUCCAAGAAGUGCCACAUGCACUGAUCUCUUGUAUCCCCAGAUGGUCACCAUGAGCCAGUGCUACUACAACGAGACCAUCGGCUUCUUCUAUAACAACAGUGGCAAAGAGCUCAGCUCCCACUGGCGGCCCAAGGAUGUGGUCGUGGUGGCACUGGGGCUGACUGUCAGCGUGCUGGUGCUGCUGACCAAUCUGCUGGUCAUAGCAGCCAUCGCCUCCAACCGCCGCUUCCACCAGCCCAUCUACUACCUGCUCGGCAACCUGGCCGCAGCUGACCUCUUCGCGGGCGUGGCCUACCUCUUCCUCAUGUUCCACACUGGUCCGCGCACAGCUCGACUUUCACUUGAGGGCUGGUUCCUGCGGCAGGGCUUGCUGGACACAAGCCUCACUGCGUCGGUGGCCACGCUGCUGGCCAUCGCCGUGGAGCGGCACCGCAGUGUGAUGGCCGUGCAGCUGCACAGCCGCCUGCCCCGUGGCCGUGUGGUCAUGCUCAUUGUGGGAGUGUGGGUGGCUGCCCUAGGCCUGGGGCUGCUGCCUGCCCACUCCUGGCACUGCCUCUGUGCCCUGGACCGCUGCUCACGCAUGGCACCCCUGCUCAGCCGCUCCUAUUUGGCCGUCUGGGCUCUGUCGAGCCUGCUUGUCUUCCUGCUCAUGGUGGCCGUCUACAUCCGCAUUUUUUUCUACGUGCGGCGGCGAGUGCAGCGCAUGGCAGAGCACGUCAGCUGCCACCCCCGCUACCGAGAGACCACGCUCAGCCUGGUCAAGACUGUUGUCAUCAUCCUGGGGGCGUUCGUGGUCUGCUGGACACCAGGCCAGGUGAUACUGCUCCUGGAUGGUUUAGGCUGUGAGUCCUGCAAUGUCCUGGCUGUAGAAAAGUACUUCCUACUGUUGGCCGAGGCCAACUCACUGGUCAAUGCUGCUGUGUACUCUUGCCGAGAUGCUGAGAUGCGCCGCACCUUCCGCCGCCUCCUCUGCUGUGCGUGCCUCCGCCAGUCCACCCGCGAGUCUGUCCACUAUACAUCCUCUGCCCAGGGAGGUGCCAGCACUCGCAUCAUGCUUCCCGAGAACGGCCACCCACUGAUGGACUCCACCCUUUAGCUACCUUGAACUUCAGCGGUAUGCGGCAAGCAACAAAUCCACAGCCCCUGAUGACUUGUGGGUGCUCCUGGCUCAACCCAACCAGCGGGACUGACUGACUGGCAGGCCAACGUGCCAGGCCUCCCCAGGCACACCACUCUGCCCAGGGAAUGGGGGCUUCAGGUCAUCUCCCACUGCCCGGGGGAGUCAGAUGGGGUGCAGGAAUCUGGCUCUUCAGCCAUCUCAGGUUUAGGGGGUUUAUAACAGACAUUUUUCUGUUUUCACUGCAUAUCCUUGGUAAGCCCUGUGGACUGGUUCCUGCUGUGUGAUACUGAGGGUUUUAAGGUGGGGAGAGAUAAGGGCUCUCUCAGGCCAUGCUACCCAGUGUGACUGGGUAAUGAGGACAGACUGUGGACGCCCCAUCUGCCUGAGGCUGAUUCUUUAGCAGCAGAGACUGAGGGGUGCAGAGUGUGAGCUGGGAAAGGUUUGUGGCUCCUUGCAGCCUUCAGGGGCUGGCCUGUCCCCGAUAGAAUUGAAGCAGUCCACGGGGAGGGGAUGAUACAAGGAGUAAACCUUUCUUUUCACUC